AUGCAAUCCAUUGAUUCAUUGAGAGAAUUAAAUGCCAAGCUCUUGGCUGAGAUUGCUGAGCUUAGGAAGGAGAAUGCUGAGAUUCUGAGAAAGAAUGCAAGGCGUAAUGCUGAGAAUGCUGAACUCAAGUCUAGAGUCAGAGAGCUUGAGGCGAGACUUGCAUUAUUAGAACAGCACCAACUCAACAAUGAAGCUAGUGACCUUGAUGGUAAUGAGGAAAUGGUCAAUUUCUUGGAUGAUGUGUAUAAGAAAAGCAUUAGCAAUAAGGAGGCAGGAAAAGAAACAGAGAGAUCAAAAGGCGCUUUUAAUGCAUCCAAAUUAACAUGUAAUCUUGAAACCCGUGAAGAUUCUUCACGAUUGGAGUCAUGUGACAUGGAGGAACUUAAAUCCGAUCAGCAUGAUGAAGAUCCAUCUUCAGAUACUGCACAAAAUAUAGUUUGCAUGUUCAAGAAAGCUAAGAAGCUUGGUCAAGAAGCAAUUUUAUACUGGUACUACUUUAUAGAAAAAUAUGAUAAAAGGAUUGAUAACCUUAUUGCUGGUGGAGUUAAGAAAAAAACUGCAACAUCUAUGGUAUAUCAAGAAAUCAAACAGCUUUUACUUGAAAUAACAGAUGUGAAUUUGCAUCAAAAAAAUUCUUAG